UACAGAUCAUCAAUAAAAAUGUCUAUGUUAUUGAAAAGAUUAAAACUUUAUAAUAAUUUGAGACUAUUAUCAUCCUCGAUUAAUAAAGGUGUUAUCAAAGCUAGUAAUCCAAAUAUUAAUAAUCAAAAUGUGGAUUUAUUGGAGAAUAAUCUCAAAGGAUCUAGUUCGAUCGAUGAACUUUUUUCUUUGGUAAACAGCCAUUAUACCAUCAUGAAUGCGCACCAUGUCAUGCACGCUUUAAAUACGAUAUUUACGUUACAAAAACAGGAAAGAAGAUUCAAAUCAUCUCCUAAUAAGAUUUUAUUAGAUCCAACAUUUGAAAAACUCUGUUCAAAAUUAACAGUUUUCGCUGGAACAAUUGAUUAUGGGGAUGUGUUAGAUGCGUUAAAAGUAUUAACUUUAUUAAAUGUACCAUCGAAUAGUACAAUUUAUCAAACAUUACUUCAAUUAUUAAGACACAGCAUAAAUCAGUUCUCUUUACAUCAAAUAAUCUUCCUACAUUUUCUAUUGACGAAAGUUGAAAAAACUCCUUUAUCUGAAGCGUUUUUAUUGGCUUUACCAAUGGCUUUCGAAUUAAUGGUUCCAUUAAAAUUAGAUAGGACCAAUACAAAACUGUUGGCCGAUUGUUUACAAUUUACAUCAAGAAAUAACGUAAGCAGUCAAUGUGUUGAAAUAAUAGCAUUAGCUUUAUUAAGGCUAAAAUUGAAUCCAAGAAUUAGUUUGAGUGUUAUUUGGUCUGUAUGUGAUUUACAACCCGCAAGUUAUACUGAACCGUUAUUGAAAAAACUUUUAAAAAAUAUCAUGUUUAAUUUGGGUGAAUAUAAUUACGAUGAAUUAGAAUCGACUCUUACAAAAUUAACAAAUCGAUUUUCAAACAGAAAUCCGUAUUAUUAUAAUCAAGAAUUUUAUGAUUUUUGUGCUAAUUAUAUCAUUGAUAAUGAUACUGGAUUUGAACAAGGUACUCACUUUUUAAGAAAAGUUUUAAAAACCAAUUAUUUUAAUCCAAAUAUUUUCGAAUACGUUUUAAAAUCGUGUCGAGAAAAUCCUGAUUUAUUAAAAUUGGGGGAUCCGAUUCAUGUUUACACAUUAAUUUGUACGGCUGCUUUGACAGAUUAUGAAUCAGAAAAUGUAGACUACCUAAAGAAAAUUUUAAUGGGAUUUAACCAUAAAUAUUUCUUAAAAAAUUUUCCAGAACGUGAAAAUUUACUGAGAUACGCGACUUCUUUGUGUAUUUUAGGUAAUUACUCACGGGUUGUUUUAGAAAAGAUUUUUAAUCAAGUUUAUUUAGAUAAAAUUUAUCAGAAACGUUUUGUUCAUGAUGUUGAAAAUAUUAUUCUUUUAUCUCAACUUAUAAAAUUGUAUAAACCGGAAUUUAAAGAUUUAUUACCUGAUAAUGAAUGGUUGAGAACUUUACGAAAUAAUACAUUUUUUGGUAAUGAGUUUCCUUUAGAAGGUGUUUUACACACAGUUUUUGGAGGGAAAAAUUUUGUUCGUACUAACGUAACAAGCAAAAUGCAUCAUAUGAUAGAUCAUGUUAUUGUAUUAAGAAAAGGUGGAUUUCCAGUUCAUGUAGAACAAACAGGUCUCGAUUUAGAAGAUAUACCAAUAGAUUCAUCAAACCAAAUGAUUUUAAUAUUAGGUCUUUCUAAUCAACGAUAUUCUGUAAGAACAAAAAUAAUGAAAGCAUCUACAAUGUUGACAAUUAAAAUGUUAGAAGAUAAAGGUUAUGCCGUCGUUCCAGUUGAUUUAGGAGUAUUCAAAAAUUGUCAAGAUUUCGAAAAAAUACCUUAUAUUAUGGAACAAAUUAAAUUAAAAACAAAUUAUAUGGAAGAAAUAUCGAGUUUUUCAUAAUAAAAUGUUGUUAAGAUAGGCAA